UCUCUCCCGGAACUCUGCAGCCGCAACGGCUCUCACUAUUUCACCAUCGGGGGAUCGGUCCAACAUGGCAGCUUACGGAUGGAAAUACUGAUGACAGUCCGAAAGAUCGCCUCGAUUUGUACGAUGGGCGCCAAUGCCUCUGCCUUGGAAAAGGAGAUUGGACCGGAACAGUUUCCCGUUAAUGAACACUACUUCGGAUUGGUUAACUUUGGCAACACCUGCUACUGUAACUCAGUGCUGCAGGCUCUGUACUUCUGUCGACCGUUCAGGGAGAAGGUGUUGGCGUAUAAGGUGCAGCCGCGUCGUAAGGAGUCCCUCCUCACCUGUCUGUCCGACCUGUUCAACAGCAUCGCCACGCAGAAGAAGAAAGUCGGCGUUAUCCCUCCCAAGAAAUUCAUCUCACGGCUGAGAAAAGAAAAUGAGCUGUUUGACAACUACAUGCAACAGGACGCCCACGAAUUCCUCAACUACCUCCUCAACACCAUCGCUGACCUGCUCCAGGAGGAGAAGAGCCAGGAGCGGCAGCAGAACGGAAAGCUGGUGCAGAAUGGAGGAGGAGGAGGAGGUGGUGGUGGAGGAGGAGGAGACGGAGGAGGAGGAGGAGACGGGGAAAGCGGAAAGGAGACGCAACAGACUUGGGUCCACGAGAUCUUCCAAGGCACACUGACGAACGAGACACGCUGCCUCAACUGUGAAGCUGUGAGCAGUAAAGACGAGGACUUCCUGGAUCUGUCGGUGGACGUGGAGCAGAACACUUCCAUCACACACUGUCUCAGGGGCUUCAGCAACACAGAGACGUUAUGUAGUGAAUAUAAGUACUACUGUGAGCAGUGUCGCAGCAAACAGGAAGCUCAGAAAAGGAUGAGGGUAAAGAAGCUGCCGAUGAUUCUCGCCCUCCACCUGAAGCGCUUUAAAUACAUGGACCAGCUGCACCGCUACACCAAACUGUCCUAUCGCGUCGUCUUCCCGCUGGAGCUCCGCCUCUUCAACACGUCCGGAGACGCCACCAACCCGGACCGCAUGUACGACCUGGUGGCUGUUGUUGUACACUGUGGCAGUGGUCCAAACCGUGGCCACUACAUCACCAUCGUCAAGAGCCACGGCUUCUGGCUGCUGUUUGACGACGACAUCGUAGAGAAAAUUGACGCCCAGGCGAUCGAGGAGUUCUACGGUCUGACGUCGGACAUUUCCAAGAACUCCGAGUCGGGAUACAUCCUGUUCUACCAGUCCAGAGACUGAGCCGGGCCAGUGGUAAAUCCCCAAAGAACUGUCACUCAACAGAGGGGGGAGGAGGAAGAGGAGGGGCUUACGGCAGCCACCGACUCCGCCCAGUACGCUCACAUAAGUAUCCAGGCUUUAUUCCCUGUAGGCGGAGCUUUGCACUGGAGCGUCACAGCGGAUCGGUUGAGACGUCGUGUGCAGGUUUUUCGAAUGCCAGCCUCCUGGAUCGCGACCGUUACCGUCCUCCUGAGCCCACACUGCAACAAGCACCUUUUUUUUUUUUUUUAAAUGGCCGACUCUGUCAUAACUCGGCUCGCUUUGCACUGUGGCAUCAGCUGGGAAGAACCCGAGUAACGCCGAUCCAUGAGGCUGACAUCAUCGUGUGCACAGCGGUCCAUUUUUUCGGAAGGGGGCAAAGCAGUUUGAGACUGUGGAGAUGAUGAUGAUGAUGAUGAUGCAGAUUUAACCAAUCAACUGUUUUGGAUGAAGGUCCGCUGCGACGGAGGAUCGUAUUUACUCCUCCUCAUGAGUAACCAUCGGUGUCAUCCUACUUCUUUAGCCUUUAUUUGUGUGUGUGUGUAUAUUAUAACGUGCUAAAUUAGCUUUUCCACAGUGACCGUAAGGGUUUCCUUAGCUUCAUGCUAACACACGGGUACCAUGCGAUCACCUUUAAAAAGAAAUACAAAACUUCCCCUCUUGAAAUAUUCUCCACAGAGAAACUAAUACCUGACAGCUAUGACAGAUGUCCCACCUGUCAACACAACGAAGUACUGACACUACCUUUAAUGAAUGAGACGUUUGAAUGAAUUCGGAGCGCAGCGCAGCACGGCGACGCCAUUGCUAGUUUGCAGUGUUUGUAUUGAUACGGUGAGUUGCCAUGAAGUGGUGCUAACGACAUUAUUAAGUGUUUAUUGGCAAGGCGGGAAAAUUAAAACCAGCUACUUAGAGAAGCUGUUUAAAUUUGGCUUCGACAGAUGAGUAAGGCUCAUUAUUUUCAGUUUUUACACAAACUAUUGGGGGAAUUUAUUGUUUUAAAU